GUCAUCAAGCACGACAGGCUGAAGUGGGCUGGACAUGUAGCCAGAAUGUCGGACGAGUCGUUUUCGAGUAAUCGACGAAAUACAAAGCGUAACGCCUGCGCACUAUGCGAGGCUAAGGGCAAAUCACUUCUGAUACUGAGUAUUAAAAACAGGUGCUUCAGGAAUGAUUGCGUAUCGAUACCAAAAAAAAGGAGUGGAAUGGCAAUGGUUACAAACUAGUUCGAGGUUGGUCUAUAAAAAUUCAAAACCGGAUUUUAUUAUAUGUACUCAUAGACAGCUAAUGGAGGAAGAAGGGCGAGAUCUAUUAGGAAAAAGAACAAUGGACUUUAAGGUUAGUUAUUUAGACACUGGUUUGACAUCGACCUACUUUACUGAUGCAGAUCAACUGAUUUCAACAACAUGUGGAUCUCCUUCCACCUCCCCCCUUACAUCACAGCAACGCUAUAAUCGACGAUAUAAAACACAUCUAAGGGAUUUUUUAUCAACUUGCCGUACAAAGCGAAAACAUGGUCAGCAAUCAUCUGAAAAUCAGGCUAAUUCCCCAACCCAAUUAGUUGAAUAUAUGAGUGAUUCUGCUGUCGCGGUAGCAGCAGCCUAUUCCAAUCUUAAUCCAAUUUAUACCACGCCAUCUUACGUAUCCUCAGAUAGUUUGUAUAUAACCCCACCAGCAUCUGCAAAUUUUUAUACCGUAUCAGACAACAUUUUUCAUCAAUAUCGCUUACAAAGUUAUUAUUCCGAGUAUCCGUCAACACCUACUUCUUAUAUCACGUCAAAUAACUUCAUUGCGUACGAUACAUUUGGAGUUAACAAAGAUAAUGGUAACGUUAAUUGUUCUAGCAUCAAAAACACUAAACAGGGUUUACCCUCAACAGAAACAUCAACAAUUUUAAAACCAUCUUUGCCUACUACUAACAAAAUAAAACAGAAUUUAUCGGGAGAUACAGUUAUGACUAACUGUGAUGCAGGAAACAACAUGAGCAAAGAUCAAUCUUCGAAUGAAGAUUAUGACGAUAGUAAUAUAGAAAAUACAAAACUCAAAGAAGAAGACAUUCCUGAACAACAAACAGAACCUAGGCGACAAACUGUACUUAUGUGGGGAUCCUGGCAAAAAGAUAAACAAGGCCCACCUGAAAAAGAUGAAGACAAAGACAUUGAAUAUAAGUAACGUUUAUGACUACUGUGAAUAUUAUUUUUUAACUAAAUCACCCUGAGGAGAGAUGAUCAUGAUCAUACUAUUUAAAGAAAAAAAAAACACAAUAAAUAAAUUGAUUUAUAUAAA